GCUGUUGAUCGCCAAAAACAUUUCUCUUCCGCCAAGACGCAUGGCAGAACCGGAAAAGGGGCGUGCCACUGACGAGAGGCGUUGCCAAGGCCGCCCCGAUCCCAAUCCCAAUCCACCCAAAACCCUGAUCCACAAGGAGCAAAACCAUCCACCACAAUCACACCGAAAUGCACAGAAAAGCCACAGACGGGUGGGAUCACACCGAUCUUCGGACGAGCGGCCAUCUCUGCCGGAAAUCAUAGUGGCGGGGAAGUACCGCCUGGUAAAGCGAAUCGGAAACGGUUCCUUCGGCGAACUGUUCAGCGCCGAAGGACUCAAGUACGGCGAGCAGGUGGCCAUAAAAGUGGAGAGCGCUGGGGUCAAGUAUCCGAUGCUGCCCCGCGAAGCGAAGAUCUACGGGGUCCUGAGGGGCGGGGUGGGAAUCCCCCACGUGCGGCACUACGGGACCGAGGGGGCCUACAAUGUCAUGGUAAUGGAUCUGCUGGGCCCCACCCUGGAGGACCUCCUGAACUUCUGCGCGCGCACCUUUAGCAUGAAGACCACGCUGAUGCUGGCCGAUCAGAUCCUGGCCCGCGUGGAGUACCUCCACCGCAAGUACUUCAUCCACCGGGACAUCAAGCCGGACAACUUCCUGAUGGGCCUGGGCCGCCAUCGCACCCAGGUCUUCAUGAUCGACUUCGGGCUGGCCAAGAAGUUCUACAGCCUGCGCUCGCAGCAGCACAUCGGGUACUCGGAUAACCGGAACCUGGUGGGCACGGCGCGGUAUGCCAGUAUCCGAGCCCACUAUGCGGAGCAGGGGCGACGGGACGACCUGGAGUCCGUGGGCUACCUGCUGCUCUACUUUCGGCGGGGUCGCCUUCCGUGGCAGGGAAUCCGGGCGCAGUCACAUGCCCAGAAAUACGAGAGGAUAGCCGAGUCCAAGGCGAGUCUCCCACUGCAAACUCUUUGUUCUGGCUUUCCCACAGAGUUCUACCUGUACCUCAAGUACUGCCGCAGGCUGCCCUUCGACCAAAAGCCGGACUAUGUGUAUCUGCGCCAGCUUUUCAAGGUGCUCUUCCGAAACCAGAUGAUGUUGUACGACUUCUUGUACGACUGGGUCGCUUUGCAGAAGCAAACGGGUCAAAGGAUCACGGAAAGGCAAACAAAUGGGGAUCGGCAAAGAGAUAUACAUUUAGAGAGGGACAGGAAUGGGAAUCGAAAUGAGAAAUGGGUUGGGGAGCAGGCUCCUGAUUCGGAAAGGAAUCAAAAUACAAAUAGGGACAAGAGGCCGGAGCGAACUGGAAAUACAAUCAGGGAACGCGACCGGAAUGGGAAUCGAGGAAAAGACCGUAAUCACGAGGACAAAUCCCCAAAGAAGGAACGCAAGGCCUGCUCCUGCAGCUACCACCGGCACAAGAAUCGCCUCCGAGAUCGCCGGCUGGAGCUGCAGACCGAGCGGAGGCGGAUUCAUCCGGAGCAGCCCGAGAAAUCCCACCGGAUGCCGCCCUGCCCUUGAUGCUACGCGUUGUAUAUGUCUCUGCGUGUUGUUAAUUAACUGCCGAGCAACUAUAUUAAGCAUGACUUACCCAUUCACCAGUCCCAAAUCCUUUGUUCGUCGAGUCAACGGUUCGGGUAAUUGGCAAGUUUUGCCUGGGAAAAGAGAAGCCAUCUGGCAACUUUGCAAACAAUAAGGGCGGAACUUUGUGGGGCGUCCUGGAAGAGAAA